CAACUCAUUUAGUUGAAGUUGUGUUUGACUGGAAACAUCAGAAAUUUUUCCAUUCGUUUUUUUCACUGUUUAAAAUCGGUUCCAGAGCAUUGUUUGAACCAUUUUUUACUCUAAUUUAGGUGCCUAAUUAUUAUUUAUUUGAAUGGUAACCAAUCUAUAACCAACUGUAUUUAUAUCUGUGUAAAAAAAUAGAGAAUAUCUCUUGAAUAACCUUUAAAUGUUUAUGCUUUCUCAGCUCAACUCUCAUGUCUGUAUGUGUGGAUAAGUGAUCAAGUUAUUCCUACCAUAGGCGUAUAUUAUACUCAUCACCAUCAUCUCUAACAACAGCAUCAACAUCAACCACCACAGCAACAAAAUAACAACAAUAUCAACACCAAUAGAAUCUUAAUUUAAAGUUAAAUGAUGAUAAUUCAAAACUGUUACCAGUUAUAGUCUCUAGGAGCAUCUACUUGUUCAACACAUUCACACCAAAUGUUGGAUUAUAAUGUUUUUGUUUUUUUGUUGAUUGAGUGAUCAGUCAAUUAUUGAAGGUGCAAUUCUUUAGAUCUUUUCUAAGAUUGUUGUUCAAUCAUUAUCUGGAUUAUGAAGUGAUUCCUCAAUCAAUUAAUGUUGAAAAUAUCUUACAGUUUUGAAAGAUACAAGCUACAAACAGCAAACUAAACAACAGCCUACAAGCAACUAUACCAAUAACACCAUGUCGAAAAGCCCAUCAAGUCACAACUACCAUGUUACUGAAUUGUUUGACCAAUUUAUAAAUGGAACUACUCUUAAAUCUGUGUUAAUUACCUUCCGUAGGAUAUGUCUUCUAUUAGAUCUUGAGCCUGGACCUUUCAAUCAAUUUUACCCCACCCUCAAGAAGGGAAUAGUGUGUAAUAAAAAUUGGAAGUCACAGUCAAUCUUCUCUAAAAUAGAGAAAAAAGCUUUCAACAAGAUAUAUCAUUCAUCAGGAUCAAGCAGUGGACGAUCUAGUGGCAUUGGAGUUACUGGAGGUCAUUCUGGUUCUCCUCACGGGUCUAACAAUAUACUUAAAAAUAACAAUUGUCUAGUUAUUGGUGGUGGACCUUGUGGUCUGCGAACAGCCAUUGAGUUACAAUUAUUGGGUGCUCGCCAUGUAAUCAUAACAGAGAAGCGAGAUAGAUUUUCUCGUAACAAUGUUCUUCAUCUAUGGCCUUUUGUAAUUGCUGACCUUAAACAAUUGGCUGGUAAAAAGUUUUACGGAAAAUUUUGUGCAGGCUCCAUCGAUCAUGUCAGCAUAAGGCAGCUUCAACUGAUGCUUUUAAAAGUAGCUCUGAUUAUCGGAUGUGAAUUUAUCGAGAAUGUUGCUUUUGAAGAGAUUUGUCCUCAUAAUAUCCGAUCCUCUCGGGAAACCAUUAAAGAAACCAGCCCAGAAUCUGAAGCUGAUGCAUCUGGUGACUGUAAAGUUCAACAAUCGACAACCCAACAGCAGUCACCAAUUAAAAGAAAACUUUACUCAACAACAGAGGAAACCGAAAGUGAAAAGGGUACAAACUGUGAUUCUGCUACCAAUGACGAUAAUCAAGAAAAUAUCGAUAAUAGUAAUGUCAAUAAUGGUGAUAAUGAGAUGGGUUGUUCACCGACAGAUAGUUACUAUGGAGUUAAAACGGAAUCCCGUCGACUUUCAAAUUGUUCCUGUUGCUGUCAUCUUCACCGUCAGGGUGAUGGUGGGCGACAUUUUUGGCCUCACCUUCCUAAAGGUUAUAUUGGUGCUUAUGCCCACUUUAGUCUUACCUCAUCUACACCCAGUACCGCAUCAACCUUGGUUAAUUAUGAUCUUCUCUUGGAAAAGUUGCACACUUACCCAUUUGACAUAUUAAUUGGCGGUGAUGGUCGUCGUAAUACAUUGAAUGACAAUUUUCCCCGUAAAGAGUUUAGAGGCAAAUUGGCAAUCGCUAUCACAGCCAAUUUUAUCAACAACCAUACAUUGGCAGAAGCUCAGAUACCUGAGAUUUCUGGUAUCUCUUUCAUAUACCACCAGGAAAUGUUCAAAUCGUUAUAUAAUGAAACUGGUAUUGAUCUGGAAAAUAUUUGCUAUUACAAGGAUGAUACCCAUUAUUUUGUGAUGACGGCCAAGAAAAGUUCACUCCUUCAACGAGGUGUCUUAAUCAAUGACUAUUCAGAUACAAGAGCUCUUCUAGCUUCUUCCAAUAUCGAUCGAAGUCAAUUAUUGAACUAUGCUCGAGAUGCUGCCAAAUGGACAACUGGCUUGGAUACACCUAAUUUUGCGCUUAAUCACUAUGGUGAAGCUGAUGUGGCCAUGUUUGACUUUACUUCUAUGUACGCCGCUGACAAUGCUUGUCGAGCUAAACGAAUUAUUCGGACAACUUAUAAAAACCGUCAACAUGAUUGUUCACGAUGUAACUGUGAUAAUGAACCCUGUAAAAAGUCAAAAAGUGAUACAAAUGAUCUAUGUCAAGGAUCAGGUGAAACAUCUCAUGAACAUUGUGUUGAUAAUAAGGAAGAGGCUGAAAUGGAAGAUAAAGCAAAAAAUGAGACUGAUGAAGGUCUUUUGCUGAUUAGUCUUGUUGGUGAUUCCCUUUUGGAACCUUUCUGGCCCACUGGUUCAGGAUGUGGAAGAGGAUUUUUAUCAGCCAUGGAUGCUGCUUGGUUGGUCCGUCAAUGGGCUGUUAAAAAAUGUAAAUCAAUAUUAGACGAAGAAAAAAUUUUACAAGUACUUUCUGAACGUGAAGCAAUCUAUCGUCUUUUGGCUCAAACAAAGUCGGAAAAUUUGAGUCAAAACUGUGCUUCAUACUCAAUUAAUCCAGUUACACGGUAUCCUAAUCUCAAUUCAUCAACCUUGUUGCCUCAUCAAUGUCGACACCUUCUCUAUGAUCAUCUUCCAUCUCCAGUAAUUGAACCAAGAUCCAAGCUAACAAUGGCUGAGAAACGAGCUCGCAGAGCUACAAUUGCCACAACCUCACCUUUUUCCUGUUCUGGUGCCAAUAAUGGUAAUGGAGAUGGUGAGGUUAUUAUGGAAUCACGAGCUCGAGUUGAGCGAGAAUUCAUGGCCAUUUCACGUGAACGAGAACGAAAUCAAAGAAACAGCGAAAGUGGUAAUGGAGAGAAAUUUUCACGACCCUACAUUGUUCCUUCAACAUUGGAAGAUGAUGAAAGUAACUUGGCUGCCCACCGAGAAUUCGAAGAUAGUUUAGCUGCUUUUGAAGAAAAUUAUCGCGGACUAUUGGCUUCAGAGGCUGAUCCAUCAGAAGGUGGAACGCAAUUAUCAACAUCGGUUCCCAAUCGAUCUCAUAUUCCUAAUAGCGUUGCACUUUCUGGUAAUUUUGCUCUAGAUAUGUCCCCAUCAGCAUCUAACUUGAUAACUAUGGCUAAAUCAAGAGCAAGAGAUAUUGAAAGUGCUUUUCGUCAUCGACGACAGCGUCAAUCUCAAUUUAGACGCUCGGAAACUGAUGAAUUGCAAGGAGGUGGUAAAGUUCACCAGAAAGCUCAACAACAAUGUUAUAACCAUUUAAGACAACAAUUACGAAGUAAAGCUGCUUGGUUUUUGGAUCAAAAAGCUCAAGCCAAUAGUGAAAACUCGCUUGAUUCAAAUAAUAGUAAUCCUUUGGUUAAACGAGAAUCCUUUUCUGAACGAAUCAAAGAUCUGGAAGCCAAAUUGUAUGCAGCAUCAGGAUUGUCUUACCUUUCAGAUGAUAAUUCUGACCCUAAAGAAGAGCCUCCAUUAAAAUUGCCUUCAACCAAGACUGGAAUCAAUGUAAUGAUGACUGCAACUCAACUACAGCAAUUGUUUAAUCCUAAACUUCAAGAGGAAAAACUUAGACAACAGGCUAAAUUGAAAGCUACAAAGGAUAUCAAAUAUGUUGGUAAAAUAUCCAAAGAAGAUUGGAAUGUUAAACCUUUUGAAGAAGGUUCAGGAGUCAGCAGCGAGUCAAAUAAAGCAGUUUCCAAUGCAAAACCCAAAUCACCUCCACCACCACAACGAGUUGAAUUAUUCCGUAACAAAUUGAAUGAAAUUCAAAGUAAACUUGAACACAUUGACGAUCACCACCAACCUGAAAGACGAGUGAAAGAAACUGUUAAAAAUAAUCAAACGAAUAAUGGAGAAUGGAUUUCAAUGUUGAAAAAUGAAUUGACUGAAAAGGCAGCCCGUAAACCAGAAAUACAGACUGAACCUGCUGUUCUUCGUCGAUCUCCUAGCACUUUGGAUAAUCCAUUUCGUAAAGAGGCUCGCAGGGAAGCACGAGAAGCGGCAGCGGCAGCAUCUGGUCAAAAUGGUGUUAAAUCAAAUGCAUCAUCUUCAAAAUUAUCAUCACCAACAAAAGAAAAAAUUAGAAUCAUUGAAAGAUCAGGUUCAAUGGUAGCCAAGGUUUGUGCUAAAUGUGGUCUAAUCGUGGCUACUGUUGACAAAAUUUUGGUCAGUGGAACCUUAUUUCAUCGAAGUUGCCUUAAAUGUAUUUCAUGUAGCGUUACUUUGCGAAUGUCUGAAGUGCGCAACACUGGAAAUGGAAGUUUAGCUUCUUUAAUUACUGGAAGUAACACUGUGUUGAACAAUUCAAAAGAAAACGGAUUCAACUAUAAAUGUUCUGAUUGCACAUCCAACAGUAAAUCAAAGGUUUCAUCAAUUGAAUCACCAGUAAUUGGUAAACUAAUGGGUAGUACCAAAUCAAGCAUAACAUCAACACCAGGUUCAACAACUGAUAAUCGGAUGACUAGUUCAUUUGAUGGUAAUUUAGAACCAUUGGCUAAAAGCUCAUCAGCUCGAGUGUUCCCAAGUUUGGCCGAUCAAAAAAUGGCUUCGACAACCGAUGAUUAUGAAGCUCGUUUAAAAGAAAGGAUGAAAUGGAAAGAAAUGUUUCUUUUAAGUAAUAACAAUAUUGAUUUACGAAGUGGCCAUAAUAAAACGGAUGGAUCUAAAGAUGUUGGAAGUAACAAGAAGAAGAGUAUAACUUCACCUAUUGGAGGUGAAGGCGGUAAAACAGAGACAACACCAGGAGGGAAAGCAUCAACACCGGGUGGUCAAGACUGCUCAAGAAAUCGGCUAAAUGAACGAAUCGAGUAUGAAAAUAUCUCCAUGACUUCGGAAAUGGUUGAUGAUGAUGAGUUGACUAAACUAUUGAAUCUUGGCUCUGAUCAUUGGGAAUCUGGAGCUGAAAAUGAUGAACCUGAUAGUGAUGAAAGUGACAAAGAUGAUGAUGACGAUGAUGACGACGACGAUAGUAAUGAUGAUAGGAAUAAGAGUGAUGGUCGUAAUAAAAAAGCUCAUGAUAGUGAUAAAGAUGAGGAUGAUGACAAUGGUGAUGUCGAUGAUGAAGACCGGCAAACAACUACAUCAUCCGAUUCAUGGGACACAUCUGAUUCGACGGACAAUGAUUUUGACUCUGAUCAAUUUGAUGAAAGUGGUGUUUCUGAUGGAGGGGAUUUGAUUUACCACCGACAUAAGCAUCCAUCGCUAUCAUUGGAAAAUAAUCACGCAAGCAUUAAAGAAGAAAUAGUUUUACCUCAAAUUGUUGUUCAUAAAGAAUCGGAAUAUUCUCCUACCAUUUCACCCAAAAAAGCUGCAAUAACUACAGAAGCAAAGCCUAACGUUGAUUCUUCAGCCAGUUUUCAACCUAAUGAAAGUUCAUCUGUUUCCAGACAAUCAAGUGAAAUUAUAUCUAAUGAUAACAUUAAAACAUCAACAAGUUCAACUCUGGAAAAAUUUGAUGAAGUUGAUGAUGAUAGUGAUAAAACGGAAAAAAAUUCAUCUUCCAAAAAUACUGAUACAAGUGGAUCUGAUGUGAACACAAUCAACAGUAAAAUAAAUGAUAUAGAAGAUAAUACGAUACCUUCAUCAACUACAUUGGAAGAGAAAGAGUUUCGAAUGAUUGUCGAUGAAAUGGAGAAGAAAACAAAUAAAGAGCCAAUGAGGAAUCAAGUUAACUACAAUGGUUCAUCCAACAUCAAUACAGAAUCGCAUAUGAAUAAACAAAUUACAGAUGACUUGGCGCCAUCAUCUUCCGACACUAAUGAUUUAAAUUUUGAUUCAGAUAGUGAUUCAAAGACAAGCCUAUCUUCAUUAAGCAUAAAUGUCAGUGAUACAUAUGAUGAUAUAAAUUUAUUAUCAAUUUGGGAUGAGUCGGGAAAUUGUGAUGAGCUAACUGAUUCUCCGGUGAAACCAUCCAACCUUAAGAAGACAAGCAACAAGAAGAAGCGAACAGUAAACAGAUCAAGUGUUAAUGAAAACAAACAAGGAGUUGGCCUAUUUAAAUCUAAAACUGAGGCUUCGAUUCCUGAUCGAUCACCUUACCAUAAUCAUCGGAAAGAUUAUCUAGGAAGAGGAUUGAUACCAUUAGAAUCUAGAUACAACAAUGAUGCCAAAAAAGAUGAUAAUCUAUGUACUCCAACGAAGAGAUUAUCUUUUUCAUUCAACAAAGACACAUUAGACAAAACAAACGAAGGAUUACAAUCCAUUGAUAAUGUUAUUAAUGAUUAUGAAAAUUAUUCUGCCAAAAUGUCGCCUCAAUCAAAAGGUGAAAAUUACUCAAAGAUUCCCGUUCUUGCUGCUCGCGUUAUUGCUGCCAAUGAAGGUAUAAAUCUGGAUAAUAGUUUAUCAUCAGCAACAACAUCAACCUCGCACAAUACAAAAUACAAACCAAGUUAUUCUGGUUCUUUUACCGAAAAAUUAUUACAAAGAUGUCGCUCGUCUCCCUCCAUACCUUUUAUUGGUGAUUCUCUGUCUCGAUGGUCAACCUCAAAGAUGCAACUUUCCUCCUCACCAACCAAAGUACUCUCCAUAACCAAAGCCUUAAAUGCUCAAGCAAAAAACACUUCAUCACCAUCAACAAAAGAGAAUCAUCAGCCUUCACCUAAGUUGAUUAAAAGUCAACCUCAACAGGAAACUACAAAAAAUCAUCAACCAUCAAAACGACAACAAAGUCAUUGUCAUCUGCCUUUUGCUGAUUCUGAAAACGCCAACACAACUCAACCUGAUAUAAACCAACAACAUAAAAAAACAAAUCGUUCACCCAACAACAAUUCCUCUACUUCACCAUCAUCAUCUUCAUUUUCUCGAGGUCAAGUCAACUCUUCAAAACCAUCGCCAAUUCAAUUGAAACAAAACAAUAACCCUGUACUUCCACGGAUUACCGGUGCAACAGCUAAAGUAACUGGUUUAGAUUCAUCGUCGUCUUCCAAACUCUUCCAAGCUCCUCGAGCAACUUUUGAUGAAGAUAUGUUUGACGAUGAUGAGACACUUGAAAAGUCAACUGGACAACAUUAUUCCUCCCGUAAAAGUGAUCAACAUUCAUUGAAUCCAACUAACCAUGCAUCUCCAACCUCAUCUCAUCGUAGCCAUAAAUCUCCGAGUAAACUUUCAUCGUCUUCAACAGCCCAAUCGGAUGGUAAUCAAUGUAAAUUAAAGCCAGUUAAAGUUAACUACAAUUGAACUUACAGCUUGGAAAAUUGAAUCGCAAGGAAAACAAAAAAUUCAAUUUUGCUAACUAUGUUUAAGAUAUUUAAUAGAUCUGUAAAUCAUCAUCACUACCAUUUACUUUAUUAUUAUCAUCUUUUAAUUUUAGUCUUCACUAUGAUCAUCACAUGUUUCAUAUCCUUAGAUUCAUCGUUUCUUUGAAAAUGUGAGAUUUCAAAAGAAACUUUGGUAAUGAUACAAAAAAACAAGAUUUUAUUUAAAUAAGAAUGGAUUUCAUCAAAUUGUAUUACAUGACAUUAACACUAUUUCAAAUAUAAAUGACAAUUUGACCAAUUGCAAUGAGCUAAGUUGUUCUAUGAAAAACAAAAACAAUUGAACCGCCAAUUGAUAUUUAAUCGGACAAAUGAACAAAAAUCUAUUUAUUAACUAUUCUUGGAAACGUUGCAAAUAAAAUAUGUUAGAUUAUACAAAAUCAAACUAAACCGAAAUAUAAUUUACUCUGUAAGAUUGUAUCAAAUACUUAACAUUAAAAUUAAAGGACUGUUCACCGAUAA